GCUUCCACCAGAAACUUCAGUUUGUUGGCUGCGGUAGCAGGUAGCAGACUGAAUCUGACGUUUUGGGUGUUGCAGUAGCUUGUGCGCCGGAGAGCAAGCAGUUACCAUGGACGGGCUCAAUCUCUAUACUUCAGAAAAUGACACUGAGGAGUUGGGCGGCUCAGGUGACUAUGACUCCAUAAAGGAACCCUGCUUCCGGGAAGAAAAUGCCCACUUCAACCGUAUUUUUCUGCCCACUGUCUACUCCAUCAUCUUCUUGACCGGCAUAGUGGGCAAUGGAUUGGUCAUCUUGGUCAUGGGUUACCAGAAGAAACUGAGAAGCAUGACAGACAAGUACAGGCUGCAUCUAUCAGUGGCAGAUCUCCUCUUUGUCCUCACACUUCCCUUCUGGGCAGUUGAUGCUGUGGCAAACUGGUAUUUUGGGAAUUUUCUAUGCAAAGCAGUCCAUGUCAUCUACACGGUCAACCUGUACGGCAGUGUCCUCAUCCUGGCCUUCAUCAGUCUGGACCGGUACCUGGCCAUCGUUCAUGCCACCAACAGUCAGAAGCCAAGAAAGCUCUUGGCUGAAAAGAUGGUCUAUGUUGGCGUCUGGUUACCUGCUCUCCUCUUGACUAUUCCUGAUUUCAUCUUUGCCAAUGUCAGUGAAGUGGAAGGGAGGUAUAUCUGUGACCGCUUCUACCCCAGUGACUUGUGGAUGGUCAUGUUCCAGUUUCAGCACAUCAUGGUGGGCCUGAUUCUACCAGGCAUCAUCAUCUUGUCCUGCUACUGCAUUAUCAUCUCCAAGCUAUCCCACUCCAAGGGCCACCAGAAGCGCAAAGCCCUCAAGACCACAGUCAUUCUCAUCCUGGCUUUCUUUGCCUGCUGGCUGCCCUACUACAUUGGCAUCAGCAUUGACUCCUUCAUCCUCCUGGAAUUCAUCAAGCAAGGCUGUGACUUCGAGAACACUGUGCACAUGUGGAUUUCCAUCACCGAGGCUCUAGCCUUUUUCCACUGUUGCCUGAAUCCCAUCCUCUACGCUUUCCUGGGGGCCAAAUUUAAAACCUCUGCCCAGAAUACACUGACCUCUGUGAGCAGAGGGUCCAGCCUCAAGAUACUCUCUAAAGGAAAGCGAGGUGGACAUUCUUCUGUUUCUACCGAAUCUGAAUCUUCAAGUUUUCACUCCAGCUAACAUUGAUUUAAAAGACUUUUUUUAUAUGAUAAGGAACUUUUUUUUAAGUUACGCCUUUUUUCAGAUAUAAAAGACUGACCAAGCUGUACAGUUUUUAUUGACUGUUGGAUUUUGUCUUGUGUUCCUUUAGUUUUGUUAGGUUUAAUGACUUAUUUAUAUAAAUUUUUUUUUGUUUCGUGUUGCUGAGCGUCUGGGCAGGACCUGUGGCCAAGUUCUUAGUUGCUAUAUGUCUGGGUGUAGGACUGUAGAAAAGGGAACUGAACAUUCGGGAGUGUGUAGUGAAUCGCUUAAAGCUAGAAAUGAUCCUCAGCUGUUUGUGCAUAAAUAAUGUCUCCAUUCCAGUGGAACAUUUUUUUUUCCUGUUCUUCAGGUGUUUGGUUACACUAUGUUAUUUUGCUGUAGGAGAUGGCACUUAUAACCAAAGCCUAAAGUGGUAUAAAAAUGGUGGCUUUUCAGUUUUCAGAAGUGGGUUGAUUUCGGAACCUACAAUGUACAGUCUUGAAUUAUGUUGUUAAUAAAAGUACAUGAUAAACUUAG